AUGGUGAAAAUCGAGCCGAUUAAACCGGUUAUUCGUUCUCGUUCAUCCUCAUCGUCAUCAGAUGACGAUGACAGUGACUAUGAUGAUCUUCAUUCCAUAUCUUCAUCCGAUUCGGACCUCACCCUAAUCGAAACAUCUAUAACAAACUUAUCGAAAACUUCUCCCAAACGUUCAAUAUCCACGUCUACCCAUGUCAUUCCUCAAGGAACAUUAAUUCGCGAUGUGAACAACAAUCAUUGGAUUAUUCACCAGUGCGUGAAAAUCUCGCAUCAGAAUGAACGAUUCCUUUACUUAUGCAGUCAAGUGAAAAGAUCCAUAGCAGUAAACGAUAUGAAAACCUCCGAAGACAAUCAACAACAGAACAUAGUGAAAACGAAAAUAUCCCCACUGAUGUAUUUAACAGACAAGUUAAAACAAUCGAGACAAGCGGUGAUCGAUAAAGCACGAGCUAAGAAUGAUAAACUUGAUUAUGUUUUCUAUGGCGCAGUGAUUGGAGAAACAAAUAAAGAAAUCGCUUCGAUUUUAUCAAAUAACGAUAGACAAGCAAAAUCUCUUUCGUCGACAUUGACUGAAACACACACGAAUAAAAUCAUUCAUGGAAUUGUGGAAUUUCUGACUGACGAUCAAACUUACGAUGAAAAUCAAAUCAAUAAGUAUUCAAUUGAAAUUCUAUUCAUUCAAGACAAGAAGAAAUCGAACUUAAUCACGAAUCCAUCAGAAGUACUUCAACAAAUCUUGAAAAAAGAGAUCGAAAAGUUAAAAGAACUACGAAAGAAAACAUCCGCCAUCAACGGAGAAUCGCAUAAAUUUAUUAUAACUAAAAAACCGGGAAAUUCUCAAUAUGACAUCCGAGAAAGUACCAAUAAUGACGGAGAAACUUCUUCAUCAUCCAUCGAAACUUCACCAACAAAAUAUUUACUAAAACUCGAAUCAACAUCGUCUUCUCCUUCGAAACACUGCACAAUCGAUGAUGAAAUCGCGUUUUAUUCCCGCUUUGCCACACACGAAAAACUCAAAUCUUAUAUCAAACGUCACAAUCUUAUGUAUAUCGCUAUUCCGGAAUACAUAUCUCAUGGCACAUACAAACAUCUGAAUCUAACUUAUAAAUUCUUGAUUAUGGAGCAAUACCGCGAAAAUCUCCGAUCGUUGAUUUACUCAUACGAUCAAUCAUUACCGGAACAUAAUGCGCUGAAUCUAUUCUUGCAAAUGUUGUAUGUGAUUCAAUUUAUACAUGAGAAGAACUAUGUGCAUCAGAUAAUCAAACCGAAGUAUAUGAUGUUUGCGAAUAAACAACCAUAUUUCAUCUUUCUAACACAAUUUCGAACGGUUAGAAAUGUACAUGAGAUAAACAAUGCAACCGGAGAAGUUCCCAAUGAAAGUCGUGUAACAACAAUAACCAAUGAAAAUCAUCAUCUAAAACAACAGAAUUCUCAAGUAAAGAAAAAAGUCAAACGUUCUCAUCGUACUCAAUUAGCAGCUAUUCAGAAUAAAAACUCAUCAGUCGUACCGGCAGCAUCACCAAUCAUCGAUAUUCCAAGUCCAUCGAUCGAAGAAGAUAACUUCUUAGUCAAUGCACCUUCCUAUCAUCAUGUCUUUAGCGUCUACUCUUCACUUGACAUGCAUCUCACUAAUAAACAAACAUAUCGUGGAGAUUUAGAAAUGCUCGGGUAUAAUUUGAUCGUUUGGUCCGGUGGACGAUUACCAUGGGAUAAGAAAAACGGCAGUGUUCAUGCGAAAUUCCAACGCGAUACGAUUCCUAAUGAGAAGAAACUGGCGAAAUCGAAUGUGAACGAAUUUGUGAAGAAGUGUUUUUUUAUGAAACUCAUUUCACCUGUCACCCUUCGAGCUAUUUGUGAUUAUAUGUCAACUGUCUAUCAAUUGAAUAUCGAUGAUAUCCCGAACUUUGAUCAAUUGCGUGCACCGAUCAAGGAAAUUGUGAAAGCGUUGGGCUUCAAAGCAAAUGCGUGUCUGCGUUUAUCAAAUUCGAAAUCGAAAUCAAAUAACAUCAAUAGCAAUAAUUCGAAUUCGACAAAUCAAACACAGGCAGCGAAAAGCAAUGAGACAACUGGAAAACAUGUGAACAUCAAUGAUAUAACAUCACCUGCGAAAGAACUUGAAGUUGAACAAGAUGAUCUCGAAGAAGAAGAAGAUGAUGAUGAUGAUGAUGGCGACGUCGAUGAUGAUGAAGAUGAAGAAGAAGAUGAUGAUGAUGACGAUGACGACGAAGAGAAUCAUCCAUGCCCACCAGGCUCAAGUUCAUGCGACGAAGAAAAUUCCAGCGAAGAGACCGACGAUACUCGAAUGGAACAACAGGCACCGACUGUACCAAAUCAAUCCACAACUUCCAAGUGUAAACGUUGUGGUGGUGACCAUUCAUUAGAAGAUCAACAAUCUCAAUCAAGUAGUGACAAACAGAGUAAUAGCAGUGCUGUACCAGGUUCAACGAUCAAUUCCAAUACACUUACCUAUCAACAGAAACGACAACGAUCGAUUGCUAAACGGCUCCAAUUGCGUCGGAAGAAGAAAAACUAA